CAUGGUUUACACAGUACAACAGAACAAGGGAGCAGAACAUAGAUAGAACAUAAGGGUCAAGGGAACGGAACCCACUAUAGAAAGACUACCGAGCAUUGCCUGGGCAUUGCAUGGGCAUUAAAAAAGGUUCACGAUUAUUAGGUUUGACAUUCCUAGUUAUGUAGAAAUGUCUUAGAGUUGAGUCUUACCACCCUACAUCCAAGGGAGGUUAGAAAGGACUGCUUAUUCUCAGGCAAUAUUACAAACAGGUGAUUCUACUUUUACGUUAUUCAUGUCGUGCAUACAAGCUGUAAAAUGCAGUUCGCCUGAUGAUCGUAAUUUUGAUGCCAAAAAAAAAAAUUAGUUGUACGUGUUUCCGAAUGCAUAAAUAAAAACAAAAUAAUAUAGUGAAUAAUAAUAGCAAUAAAAAAAUAUAUAAUAAUUUAAAUAACAUGCAUAUAUAUAUUUUAUAUUGUUACAAUUACAAUUACAACAAUUCAAGGAAAUGGUUUCAUUUUAAGAAUUAAGAAAUUGUCUGACUCAAACCUAAAUAAAUACUACAAAAAAUGUUAUAGUCGUAAAAAUAAAAUAAUAAAUAGUUGUUAGAAUAUAUGGCUUAGUGCUUAUCAAAAUCAAAAGAAGAUAAAACAUAAAAGUAAUCAUGUUAUUAAUGAUGAAAGGCUAUGUAAAUAAUUCAAGUGUAUGUAUUUAAAAUGCUUAUUUUAAACUUAAAAUAAAUAUAAAUGCAUUGCAGAAAUAAAAAUAAUAGUUUUAAAAUCAACAAUUAAUAAAAUGUUUUUGUAUCAUUUACUUCUUACAAUUAAAUUGUUAAGAAAUACCAAACAAAUUUUUUUAUAAAGCUUACUUUUGCAGUGUGUACAUUAAAUUGUGUUAAUAAGAGUGCUAUAGUGAUAUUAUAAGUAAAAAGAGUUUCUUAAAGUUAUUAAUUUGUGCCUAUUACAAUGUAUUUUAAAUAAGAAAGAAUUAGUUAAGCAGCAUUAGUUUAGUAUAUGGUUUUUUUUAUUUAUUGAAUAAUGAACAAUGGUAUACAUACUAAAGAAUUUAAGAUAAAUUUUAAAUAACAAAACUAAAAAAUAUGCAGUGAUGUAUUCAAUGAAGUAAUAAUAUUAUUACAAGUUUGUAUUUAAAAAAAUGACAUCAAGAGGUUGUACAAAAUCUUACAACCGCAAGGUAAACAGCAAUUCUGCUAGUAUCCAAUUUGACAAACUUUUUCGUGAAAAUACUAAUAGACCAUCUGCAGCCAAAUCAGCUGGUACAGUUGGUAAAUGGGGAAUAACAUCAUUUACAUCUAUAAGAAGCAGUAAUAUUAAUGGUAAAAAAAAUAGUGAUGCAAGAACGAACCAUGGAACAAAACGGCCAAAACUCGAUUAUGGGAAUCAAAAUAUGCAUGAAAAAGACCCGUUUACAUAUGGUAAAAAUGAAGAAAUCAACCCAGAUAUUAACAAACCUAAAAAAUUUUUUAAAAGUAGAAACAUUGCUACAAUUGGAAAAUCUUCAGAUAAACUUUAUCAGUCGGUUUCGCCUACACUUGACUUGGAUCUUAAGCAAAAAUCCUGCAAAGAUUCUAUAGUAAGCAUUAAGGAAUCAGAUAACUUUAAUUCAAUUGUAGAUACAAGUUUAAGAGAAGAAGGGAAGCCUCCAAUUGUGCUAAGAAUCUGCAAGGGUACAGCUAGGCUUCUUUGUUCUGAGGAUGCAGAUUCUGAAUCUUAUAGAAUUUCAUCACCUCCUCCAACUCAAAAAAUUAAUGUUGAUCGAAAGCUACCUAUUCAAAAUUCAAACAUGGACGUUAUGGCAACACAUAGUUUUCAGGAAUCAUCUAGUUUGACAUCUGGGUCAAAUUCUCAAGAUAAAUCUGGCAUAAGAACAACUCGAAGUAGAGCUAAAUAUUCAAAAAUAGAUAGUACUUCAUCGAUAUCAACGUCCUUAGUUAGUUCACAAAGUACUGGAAUAUCAUUGACCCUAAGAAAGUCUGCUACAGAUUCUACUAGUACGCUUGUAUCACAUUAUGAUAUUGUAAAGACUGAAUGUUCUCUAAAUACCACUGGACAUCCAGAUGAAAUGUUGAAAGUUGACCGAAUUUCGCCAACGUCAACACAAGAAAUAAUUGAUAUUUUAUCAAAAAACGAUUCAGAAGUUGUACAUAAUAAAUUAUUGGGUAAUAAUAGUCAUACCGAUACAAAAGCUAAAGAUUUAGAUUAUAAUGUAGAAACUAUAGAUUAUAAUUAUGUUGACCCAGAAAAUAUUGACAAGAGCUCACAAGCUAACGUGAAUACAAAUGUGGCAAAUAUUUGUACAGAAGCUGGACCGAUUAUAAAACAUACAUUAUCUUAUAAAGCCGAAUCGGACUUAAUAAAUACUAAGAACACGAAAGAUAUAACUUCAAAAAAUUUAGAUCAAGAUUGGUUCUCCAGCAGCGAUGAUAGCGAAUGUGCAAGUAGUCUGCACAAUGAAUUCCAGAUUGAUUCUAAUUGUUUAUUACCUGAUUCGAAAUCGCAACCUUCCGUCGCCAGUAAAAUAAUAAAUAAACCUAUUGCAAGUAAAAAAGGUAGUAUUUUUAAAACUCGAUCGACUGGAACUAUAAAUGAAAAUAAAAGACGAGCGCUGUAUAAACAUAAGUGGUGUGAGAGUGAUAAAGAACUAAAAUCCAAUAACACAAACACAAAUAGUACAGAUUCACCGGGAACUUCUUGUGCGAAAUUAGACGAUUCUAAUCUGAUUGCUUUUGAUGAAGAAUUUCAAAAUACGUCGCUUACAAGAAUUGUAAUAUAUCCAGAAUCUGAAGCAAACUUACAGGAUAAUUCGGAGAAUAUUGUUACUAGCAUACGAUGCGACAAAAAAGUGAAAGGGUUUUAUACUGUAGUAAAAAAUGUAAAAAAAGCUCAUCAAAUACAAGAAAGUGGAGAAUUUCAAGAAUUUAAUGAUGAUGUCGAAUAUAUUUUGGAUACGCUCAGAGAAAAUAAUCCUAAUGGUACAAGAUGCCUCUCAGCCAUUCGACUUGCAAGCAAAUGCAUGGCACCUGCAUUUAGAAUGCACGUUCGAGCUCAUGGAACAGUAGCAAAAUUUUUUAAAGCACUCCAUGAUGCAACUAUUGAUCAGAGUCUUGCCCUCUGUACCGCGACCGUGAUGUUUGUACUUAGUCAAGACCGUCUUGCUAUGGAUUUAGAUAGAGAUUGCCUAGAAUUGAUGUUAAGCCUUUUAGAAUCAGACGCAAGUCAUAAAAAUGCAUUAAAUGACUGUGGACUAAGUCAUACAGAGUUGCAGAAGAAUAAAGAAAAAGUUCGCCAAUUGUGUGCAGAUAUUCAAGCACAAGGACAUGCAAAGCAUUUAAAUUUGGAUAAUAUUACGGUUGGGCAGCUAGCGAUGGAAACGUUACUUAGCUUAACAUCGAAACGAGCUGGUGAAUGGUUUAAAGAAGAAUUGCGAGAACUCGGUGGUUUAGAACAUAUUGUAAAAACUAUUACAGACUGUUAUCGACAGAUAAAUUUUUCCAAUAUUUCUGAUAUCUAUUGGGAUGAACCGUUGCUGGAUAAAUUACGAAAAGUUGACAGAUGUUUAAGAGUUUUAGAGAAUGUAACACAUGUGAAUGAGGGAAAUCAAGUAUACUUGUUAAAUUAUAAUGAUAGUAUUUUAGUGAUUACGUUAGCUAAUUUGUACAGCUUAUGUGGAAAUGAAAUUUUAAAAUUUCCUAUACACGACAAUAUUGAUAAAAGUUCAGAUGGAGCCGUCAUCAGUGAAUGUUUGUUUGCAAUCAUCAAAGUACUUAUCAAUCUAACACAUCGUUUUAAUAGACAAUCUAUUGGAGGAAAAACUGUCGGUUCUCAAAAUGGAGUUAUUGAUAAUAGCUUACAUGUGAUAUUGGAUGUGCCACAAUCCCUCCCAGAAGAAAAGCAAUUUGAUGUAAUAAUGCUGGCACUUAUUCUUUUGAUUAAUAUGAUUGAAGAAUGUGAAGAUAAUAAGAAAUUGCUUGUAUUCUCAAAUAAUAAAGGUCGAGGAAAUGGAUUAGACGCUUUAAUUAGCCUUUUUUAUAAACAAGAGGAGCUUGCACGAGCGGAGGAACAGAAAACUGAUGCUAUUUUGGAUGGUAAAAAAGAUUCAGAACAAUCAGAAACUGCUUCAACAACAUCAAAAUCUCAAGAAGAAUUUAUUGAAGAAACUGUAGCUAAAUUAUUACAAAAGGCUGGACGCCAUAUGGAACAUACCUUAAUUAGCGCAUAUGUGGUUCUACUUCUUGGAUAUUUAAUAAUGGAUAAUGAAACCUAUGAAAAUCUUGUCAGAAGUAAAUUACCGAAUCAGAAUUUUGCAACCAUGGUCAGUGUCCUUCAAAAGUUUUUCAAUUUCAUGAAUUUAACUGCAUCAGUAAGUAAACUUAUAUUGGUAUAUAUUUCUGCUAACAUAUGAAAUUGAUAUAUGUACUGCUAUCAGAUAAAAUAAUUUUAAAAGGCGCGCCAUAAUUGGCGGUGGGCUCCAUGUUGAUCGGGCUGUUGCUCAGACCAAUCAUAAAUGUUAGAAAACAGAUAUCUGACGCCAUCGCCGUCCUAAUCUUGUUUACAGAGUCUCCAAUUAACAUAAGACCCGCUGCCAUAUUAUGGCGCGUCUUUCAAAGUUAUUUUGUCCGGUGACUGUACGUAGAUGGAAAAAUAUAAAA